AUGACAGUCAACGAUAAAACCCCGGUGACGAUCAUCACCGGUUUCCUUGGUGCCGGGAAGACGACACUCGUCAACCACAUCCUCACAGCCAAGCACGGCAAGCGCAUCGCCAUCAUCGAGAACGAAUUCGGCGAAGUCGGCGUUGACGAUGGUCUCGUCGUGGAGACCAAAGAAGAGAUCUUCGAGAUGAACAACGGGUGCAUCUGCUGCACCGUCCGCCAGGACCUCAUCCGGAUCCUCAACAAACUCAUGCGACGAAAAGACGCGUUCGACCACAUCAUCAUCGAAACCACCGGUCUGGCGGACCCGGCCCCGGUCGCGCAGACCUUCUUCGUGGACGAGGAUCUCAAGGAGGAUCUGUACCUAGACGCCAUCCUCACUGUUGUCGAUGCCGCACACCUAUCCGCCCACCUGGACGAAAUCAAACCGGAGGGGGUGGAGAACGAAUCGGUGGAGCAGAUCGCGUUCGCCGAUAAGAUCCUACUCAACAAGAUAGACCUUCUCAAGUCCGACGACGAUAAAGCGUCGCUGGUGAAGAAGAUCCGAUCGAUCAACGCCAGGGCCGCCAUCAUCGAAUCUCAACACUCCGCGGUGGACAUCGAUUCUAUCCUUGGAAUCAAAGCGUUCAGCCUGGAUGCGACGUUGGAGCAGGACGCCGAGUUUCUCGAUACUGACGCCGAGCAUCAGCACGACGAAUCCGUGACCAGUGUCGGGAUCGAGGUGGCGGAUGCCGCGAUGGACAUUACAAAGCUGGAAGCUUGGCUGCGCAAACUUCUUAGCACCAGAGGUGAGGAUAUCUUCCGAAGCAAGGGUAUUCUCAACGUGUCGGGCACAGAUGAACGGUACGUGUUCCAAGGCGUGCACAUGAUGAUGGAGAUGUCGUCGUCCGCGGAGGGUAAGUUUGAGGGUUGGGGGAAGGACCAGAAGCGGGUCUCGAGGGUGAUCUUCAUCGGGCGGAACUUGGACAGGAGUGAUCUUGAAUCCGGCUUCAAGGCGUGCAUCGCAUAAUAAAAUUCCGGUCGGGCGCGGUGUCCGUGCGACUGAAGUUGCCGCAGCCAAAUCCAGAAAUAGCACUGUCGAGCGGAGCGAGCAGCUGGCUGGAGACCAAGCAGACACCGGAGAUGGCGGCCAUCGCGGAGUCGGCGAUGAUGUCGGCGGGGCGAGGCGGGGGCAUGGACGCGGGGGCGGCGAGGGCAGCGAGGGCGAGGGCGUACGAGGACCUGGUCGCUGGCGGGGUGCUGGCGUGUUCCGAUUACGGGAGGAAAAACUCCCUCGUGCAGUGGGCGCUGCGGUGCAAGUCGAUGCUGUGAACUAGCUAGCUAUCGUAGUAGAAGGUACGAAGGUACCUUCCUUCGUGACGUAUUCGUUUGCGAGGGUUUCGUCUUGUGACGUCGCGGGCUCCGGGUCAUCGGCUACUCAAGGCCGGUUGUUGUUCGGCGCGAGAAAGGCCGGCAAGGGCACGCCCAGCGACUUGAGUAUCCCCGGCGCCUCCUUCGCCGCCAACUCCGCGCCCUGCUCCAGCCAGCUCGUCGCCAGCUUCGCCCUGUGCUCGUUCGUCGGCAUCCUGUAGAGGUACGC